UUGUUAAUUUCUCUGCUAGGCUAACGCAGAGGGGAUUCACUGAGCCAUGCAGAGAGAAGGACUACCAAGAGAGGAGAAAUUGCACUGCAUCACUUCCAGCGGACGACAGCGGAGCACACACGUACUUCUGCCGCGUGGGCUUACCGUCCUCUGAACAGACAAGCCAAACGGAGAAAAAGAACGCAUUCGUGUCACUGGUUGUCGCUGAUGGACAAGUGGACACUGGUGCUAUGCUGGAGCUUCGGCCCCUGCUGUCCAUCCCGUCUCCCCCCUGCUGAAGCUCCCGGGACAGCCCUGGAGCACAGAGGGUGAGAGAGACGGCCUCAUGCAGGCACGCAAGAAGUACGUGCUUCUGGGCCUGUGCACGUGCUGCUGGCUGCUGCUCUAUUACUGGGGUGGCUUGCAGGAACGGCUGCUGGGUCUCAUCACCCACAGGAGGGGGGAGGUGGCCAGGCCCUGGCCCAACUGGUUGGAUCGGGACCUGCUCCCGGGUUACGCCGACCAGGCCGAGCUACAAAAUGCCGGGGGUCCGGGUGACUCGCCAAGGCAGCGGCGGCAGUCGUGGGCCGGAAUCUACAAGGACAGUCGCUGCAGGAUGGACACCUGCUUUGACUUCGCCCGAUGCCAAGGGCAGAGCGGCUUUCGGGUCUACAUUUAUCCGCCGGAGAAGGGCGAGCGGGUGUCCGAGAGUUACCGCAAGAUCCUCACCUCCGUCGCAGAGUCGCGGUAUUUCACGUCGGACCCUCGAGAAGCAUGUUUGUUCGUGCUGGGCAUCGACACGCUGGACAGGGACCAGCUUUCGACGCAGUUCAUGCCCAACAUGGACGAGCGAAUUCGAGGUUACCCGCUCUGGAACGACGGGCGGAACCAUGUCAUCUUCAACCUUUAUUCCGGAACCUGGCCCAACUACACCGAGGACUUGGGUUUUAACGUGGGCCAGGCUAUCCUGGCCAAAGCAAGCCUGAAUACGGAACACUUCCGACCGGGUUUUGACAUUUCCAUCCCUUUGUUCUCUAAAGAACACCCUCAGAAGGGUGGAGAGAGAGGCUGGUUAGUUCGCAACACCGUCCCGCCGAGACGGAAGUACUUGUUGAUGUUUAAAGGUAAACGUUACUUGACGGGCAUUGGCUCAGACACUCGCAACGCUUUGCAUCACAUCCACAAUGGCAAGGACAUUGUCUCCCUAACAACGUGCCGCCACGGCAAGGACUGGGAGAAGCACAAGGACGCUCGGUGUGACCAUGACAACCAGGAGUAUGAGAGGUAUGACUAUCGUGAAAUGCUGCACAAUUCCACCUUCUGUCUGGUUCCCCGAGGACGACGACUGGGAUCCUUCCGCUUCCUUGAGGCUCUGCAGGCGGCCUGUGUGCCGGUCAUGCUGAGUAACGGUUGGGAACUCCCCUUCUCGGAGGUCAUCGACUGGAACACGGCUGCCGUGAUCGGAGACGAGAGGCUCCUACUGCAGGUCUGA